AUCCUAUCAAGAAAACAAGAAAGAACGAAGGCUGAGGCCAGGCACUGAGAAGAGCAAUGGCUUACGAGAGCUUGGAUCGGAUCACGGCCGAGAAGAUCUCUGCCGUCGGCAUACCAUCGGACGACGCGGAGAGACUCCACGGUGAGCUCUCCCGGAUACUCCGGGACCACGGGAACUCUGGUCCGGAGACGUGGAGGGAGAUCUCGAGGCGCCUCCUGAGCCCUGAUCUGCCGUUCCCCUUUCAUCAGAUGAUGUACUACGGAUCCUAUAAGGGCUACGAUUCCCUUACUCCUCCCGCUUGGAUUCCGGACGAAGAGAAUGCAGUUUUGACAAACAUUGGUUUGGUACUAGAGAGGCAUGGAAAAGAGUUCCUUGGUUCAGGGUACAAAGACCCAAUUUCAAGCUUUUCUGACUUCCAGAAAUUUUCUGUCUCAAACCCUGAGGCUUACUGGAAAAUGGUUUUUAAGGAAAUGAGCGUAUCAUUCUCCAUGCCUCCAUCGUGUAUUUUACAUGAACAUGCUUCUUAUCCCGGAGGUCAAUGGUUACCAGGGGCUUAUCUAAACUGUGCUGCCAAUUGCUUGAGUUUGAGUGAUAAAAGAGGCCUGGAUGACGCAAUGAUUAUAUGGAGAGAUGAAGGUUAUGAUGCUUUGCCUCUCCAGCAAAUGACACUAAAGGAACUGCACGCAGAAGUCUGUAUGGUUGCGAAUGCAAUAGACACAUUGGGCUUGACAAAAGGAUCUGCUAUUGCAAUAGAUAUGCCGAUGACUGUGACUGCUGUGAUUAUCUACCUUGCUAUUGUUUUAGCAGGCUACGUGGUUGUCUCGAUUGCAGAUAGCUUUGCUCCUACUGAAAUAUCAACGAGACUCAAGAUUUCAAAUGCAAAGGCAAUUUUUACCCAGGAUUUUAUUAUUCGUGGCGACAAGAAACUGCCCUUAUAUAGUAGAGUUAUUGAAGCUCAUGCUCCUUUAGCAAUUGUGGUCCCUACAAGAGGCUCCUCCUCCAUCAAGGGAUUACGUGAUGCUGAUAUAUCUUGGCAUGAUUUCUUGGGAAGAGUGAAACUUACCAAAGCGAAUGAUUAUAUUGCAGUUGAACAACCUAUAGAGGCAUUCACGAACAUCCUUUUUUCAUCUGGAACUACAGGAGAACCAAAAGCAAUCUCCUGGACACAUGUAACUCCUCUCAAGGCUGCUGCUGAUGCAUGGUCUCAUAUGGAUAUUCGUAAAGGUGAUGUUGUUGCAUGGCCUACUAAUCUUGGUUGGAUGAUGGGUCCCUGGCUUGUUUAUGCUAGUUUAUUAAAUGGAGCUUCAAUGGCUCUGUACAAUGGCUCUCCCCUUGGUUCGGGGUUUGCAAAGUUUGUACAGGAUGCUAAGGUAACUAUGCUUGGUGUAGUUCCAAGUAUUGUCCGUGCUUGGAAAAAUUCAAACUGCACUGCAGGCCUUGAUUGGUCUACCAUUCGAUGCUUUAGCUCCACUGGGGAGGCAUCUAGUGUAGAUGAGUAUCUAUGGCUGAUGGGAAGGGCUCACUACAAACCUGUCAUUGAGUACUGUGGUGGUACAGAGAUUGGAGGUGGAUUUAUCUGUGGAUCAUUGUUGCAGUCCCAAGCAUUGGCUGCAUUCAGUACACCGGCUAUGGGAUGCACCUUAUUUAUCCUUGAUGGUGAUGGAAAUCCACUACCACAAAGUAAAGCCGGCACUGGAGAGCUAGCCCUUGAUCCCACCAUGUUUGGAGCAUCCACAACGUUAUUAAAUGCUGAUCACUAUGAUGUCUACUUCAAAGGCAUGCCACUUUACAAUGGCAAGCACCUUCGGAGGCAUGGAGAUGAAUUUGAGCGUACUCCUGAAGGAUACUAUAGGGCACAUGGUCGUGCAGAUGACACAAUGAAUCUUGGUGGCAUUAAGGUAAGUUCCAUCGAGAUUGAGCGUGUCUGCAAUAGAGUUAAUGAUGCUAUCCUUGAGACAGCUGCAUUUGGGGUGCCACCUUCUGGAGGUGGACCCGAGCAGUUAAUGGUAGCUGUUGUCUUCAAAGAUCAAGAUUUUGUAGAAGAAACUUUAGACCAGUUAAAAUUAGCAUUCAAUUCUGCACUGCAGAAGAAACUGAACCCUUUAUUUAAGGUUUCAUCUGUUGUGGCUGUCCCAUCUCUCCCUCGAACUGCUUCAAAUAAAAUCAUGAGAAGAGUUUUGCGAAAGCAAUUCUCCCAAUCUAAAGAACGUGCCAAGAUCUAAAUCAUCAAGGCAAUGUCCAUCAAGGAUUAAGAGCAUCUAAUGUCUUCACGAAACUGUUCACCUUCUUGUUAAAAAUUUGCCAAUCUUGUAUCUCCAUAAUGUUUGCUGUUUUCUGUUUGUUGCCAUGCAUCCCCUAUCAUAAACAUUUGUAACACUUUCUUCAGAGGAAUUAUAGUUAGACCACUCCAAUAUAUCUUUUAAAUAAAUUUGAAACCUUCAAUGC